AUGGGAUGCUGUUUUAGUUGCCUCAAAAGUGAUUCGAAAGAUCCAGCAAAAGCUCCUCUAGUAACCAUUGAUGGUAAAAAAGCAAAAUACAUUAAAAUGGCGACGGCUAUCCAGCCCUUUUUCUCAACACCUGUAGUCUGCGUUCGCAGGUGACCUUGUGGAAGGGAUAAAGGCGCUCGGAAUGUGUAUCCGGCUAGGUUUUACCUUGGCACAGUGGAGCGCAACGUCGGACUAGGCCGGCCGCAGCUCAUCUGACGCCAAGGGUUUUGCCUCAGGAUAGAUGGUUUCCAGGGUUGGAAAGGGGAAGCUCAGCGGCAUCAGGAAGGUACCUCCUGAUCAAUCGGGCAACUCCCUAGCGUGAAACUGGGCGUUACGUCCCAGGCUUUGGAUUUCCAUCUUAGCCGACAGUCCUACCAGAAAAUUUGUUUUUCAAAUUUUCGGAAUGGGCAACCUCUGUUGACGUACUGCUGGGUGGUGUAACUCAUCCAACUACGGGUAGCGAGUGCACAUCCUCGUCCAGUAGGAGCAACACCUUGAAGGUCGUGGCCGAUUGGGGUGAGCAACAGGGUAAAGCGUGAUGGUAGGGCAGGGGAAACCCUAGUCAAUACGACGGGCCUCUCUAUAAUAUUAGUUAAUGUUAAUGUUAAUGGUAAAAAAGCAGAAGAAAUGGAUUCUGCAAUUACAGAUGCAGCUCCAUCUCCAUCGCAUCCUAUUUGUCUAGACGAUUUUCAAAUAGAAAGAGUUUUAGGCAAAGGCGCAUUCGGAAAAGUGUUUUUAGUCACGAAAAAAGACACAGGGAAGCUUUAUGCGAUGAAAUGCUUGAAAAAAGAAAUGAUUGAGCAGAGAAAUCAAAGGGUUCACACCAAAACUGAAAGAGAAAUUUUAGGCGAUGCGGACAGUCCAUUUAUAGUUCAGCUUCAUUUUGCUUUCCAGACGCCUGAAAGAUUGUAUAUGGUUCUGGAUUUUAUUAACGGUGGCGAAUUAUUCUUCCAUCUAAGAAGAUCAACAAGGUUCACAGAGCAACGAAGUAGAUUUUAUUCCGCUGAAAUUUUGCUAGCCCUGGACUAUUUACAUGCUCAUGGAGUUAUUUACAGAGAUUUGAAACCUGAAAAUAUUUUGCUUGAUUCUGAAGGACUAGGAUUAGGAUUAUUAAAGUCAGGUUCUAGACAUAUUGGUGAAGCAGUCACCUAAGACCUCCCGUACAGGAGGUUUUUACCACUUUUCGACUCCAGCCCAGAGGGUCUAGCCCUCUUACGGUGCCCUUCCGGUGCCUUCUGUCUACUCCUUGCCUUGAGGCUUCAGUCUUGAGUGGGCGGCUUAUGGAUUUCUCUGCGGCCCUGCUACGGGCGAUUGGAGUAGCUUGAUUCCAAGGAACCUUGGAGUCUAUCGGAUGCCGAAGUGCCUUCUUCGACAGUUACAGGAAAAAGACUGUCCCCUGUGGCCUGAGCCGAAACCCCCAGUUUCUCGGUAAAGGAAUGCCCAUGCGUCCUCGGAUCCAAAGGACGUUGUUGAGCACCUCCAUUUCCAACCACAGGAAAGCAGCCAAAACCUACCCGAGUAUACACCUUUUGAGCCUACACUUGAUUCUCGGCUCGGAGUCUGUAUCAGUUCAUCGUAGCCAUAAGGUCUGAACUGCUGCGCCAAGAGGGCAGGUUGACAUGUGUCGCUAUCUUAAUGUUUAUGCUUGAUUCUGAAGGACAUAUAAAAUUGACAGAUUUUGGGCUUAGUAAACAGUUUUUUGGAAAUGAAAGCGAAAAUAAAGCUUUUUCAUUCUGUGGGACACCUGAAUAUUUGGCUCCAGAAAUUUUGAAAGGAACAGGCCACGAUCAAGCUGUUGAUUUUUGGAGUUUAGGAGCUUUAUUAUAUGAAAUGCUAGCUGGAGCUCCACCUUUUUAUUCAAAAAAUCGAGAUCAGAUGUUCAGAAAUAUGUUAACAAAACCAGUUGAUAUGAAGCCUCAUUUUUCAGCUCAAGCAGUCGAUUUAUUGAAAAAUUUGCUGCAAGUUGAUGUAAUUUUUAUUUAGCCAAGAAAACGACUAUCUUCAACCUCUGAAAUUCAAGCUCAUCCAUUUUUUGAAGGAAUGGACUGGGACAAGCUUACUCCCCCCUUCUUAAGAGAAUAAAAAAUUUUGUUCGCUCUCUGAAGGGGUUAAAUGUUUUUAAAACAUAUAGUAAUUUUUUUUUUGUCAAAAUGCAAGCUGUUUAAAAUUAAACAAAUUAGCUAGAGAUUUCAUUAUACUAAUUAUCACUUAUAUAUCAAAGUUUUUAUAUUAAAAAAUUUUGUUUGCUCACGGAGGGUGGGUUUUUAUAUAAAAAAUAGGGAUUUUUCCAAUGGUUUUAUUCGCUCACAAGUUAGUAAAAAAGAAAUCGAGCCUCCAUUCAAGCCAAAAGUGACAGGACCUCGAGAUUUAAGAAAUUUCGAUAGGAUGUUUACAGAUGAAACACCAGAAGAAAGCUUGAUUACCACUAACUUAGAUUCACAGCAAAAAGCAGCUCAUAAGUGGGAAGGGUUCACUUAUCAUGAUCCUGCACACUUAUAG